AUGAAGGUCUCUGUCAUUCUUCCACUCCUUGCUACAUUAGCUACGACUGUUACUGCCGAAAACCAUUAUUGGUGUGCCUGUCAGCAAUCGUCCGGUAGCUCUGAUUUGAUCGACAAAAACACCAAAAUAUGCUGUGGCCGACAGGGUGGAUCAUUUCCUAGCUACCAGGACGUAUCACAAGAAGGAACUGAGGUCAGCUUCUCAGGCAACUAUGUGAGUGGAACCCUACAUAACCCAGAUUAA